UCGGGAUCCAUUGAGCAGCCUUGUUCGAGCGCAGAGCAGCUGUGAAAAAGAACCAGACGAGCUCAAUUCUGAAAUGCCUCAAGACACAUCAAAAUACGGUUAUUUGCGGGACUCCAUAUAACUUGUAAUAUUACCCAUCUGUUAACAUGAGUUUCUGUUUUUUGUCGGGUGUAGUAGCUGUAUAAUUUUAACCAGACAUACCACUAGCACAUGAUUCGGUACCACACAGCCUUGCGUCAUCUAGGAUAGCCACGCGAAUUAGUCAAGAGACAGGUUAUUUUUGGUGUGAGUGAGAGCGCUGGGGUGCAUUACAAUAAAUAUUUGGCCAUAUGAGCAUAGCUAACAAACAACUGCUUCGUUUCAUAUCAAGUCGCUAAAUCCUGCAUAAUUCAUGACAGAAAUCUGAAUUCAUUGUGUGUAGCCUCGAGUUGUAUUUUUUUUUUGUUAUACAUUUUGUGGUACUAAAACAAAGACAGUGGUACAGACGUUUUAGAUUAUAGAUUUAUUCCGUAUAUCAACCAAUUGCAUUGAUUUAAUGUCAUACGAGGCGCCAUUAGAUAAUGGACCUGAAUUUUUAUUCCGAUCUAACGGAUGGGACUGGGCCACACGGAGAUCCAGAAUUCAUGGACCCUGGGUCUUUCAAUGGAUAUGACCAUAAGUUCCCUGAAGGCAGUAAUAACUACCUGACCAUCAGCGGGGCGGGCCAUCCAUUCCUCUCAUCCUCUGAGACGUUCCACACCCCCAGUCUGGGAGAUGAGGAGUUCGAGAUCCCCCCCAUCUCCCUGGAUCCAGACCAGGCGCUCAUCGCGUCCGAUGUGGUGGCCCAUUUCGGAGAGCUAUCGGAUGGAGAGCGCAGUGGCUUGUCCACCUCCGGGAACGUUGUGGUCGGGGGAGACGAUCCGUCCUUCGCCUCCACCUUUGUGAAUCCCCACCCGGGGUCUCAGGGACUGGACCACCACCUGAGUCUGGGGGUCAUCAGUCAGCCAGGUGGAGGAGGAGCUAUUCUGGGGUCUGCUCUGGGCAUGGAUCUGGGCCACCCUGUUGGCUCCCAGUUCAGCAGCUCCUCCCCCAUGACCAUAGACGUCCCGCUGAGUGACAUGGACCACAGCCUUUUGGGCCACAACCAGCUGAUCACUAUCGACCAAUCGGAGCUCAGCGCCCAGCUGGGGCUCAGCCUAGGGGGCGGGGCCAACCUGGCGAGGUCGCAGUCACCUGACCAACCACUGUCGGCCGCUGCUUUGCCGGCCGGCUCGCUACAGGACGACGACAUGGACGACUUCAGACAGAGUGUGCUGGUGGAGUCCCCUAUCUCUCUCGGUGUCAUCUCCCUCGAGCCCCCUCUCUCCGACUCCCCCAUUCCUUCCUUUGCUCCGUCCUCCAGCACCCCUCCUACCCUCGUCCGGAGAGGGGCAGUGGGAGGAGGGAAGAAAGGGAAGAAAAAGAAAGACCCUAACGAGCCCCAGAAGCCUGUGUCGGCCUACGCUCUGUUCUUCAGGGACACGCAGGCAGCCAUUAAGGGCCAGAACCCCAGCGCCACCUUCGGAGAGGUGUCCAAGAUAGUGGCCUCCAUGUGGGAUAGCCUGGGGGAGGAGCAGAAGCAGGUGUACAAGAGGAAGACGGAAGCAGCUAAGAAGGAUUAUCUCGACGCUCUGGAAGCCUACAGAGAUCAUCAGCUUUCUCAGCCGACCAUUGAGGUUCUGGACAGUUCCCCGUCGCCUCCCUCUCCUCCUCCCGUUGCCCCACUCCCCGCCCCUGCUCCCCGUUCCACCCGUUCCUCCGUCCCCCACCUCGCCCCUGAAGAGAACACCAUCACCAACAUCUGCACCUCCAACAUCAUCCUAGCAGGUGGAGACCUCCCUCAGGUCACCACCCGCUCCCGUACAGGGGCGCAAAAACCCCCUCCUACGCCCGCCCUGGCCCUAAACCCCCCCACCGUUACGAAAAUCAUCAUCAAGCAACAGACGUCGCCAUCAGGGGUAAUGGUGGUGUCAAGUAGUACGGUAUUGUCUACUCGGCAGCCGCCACCACUCCAACAGAUGCAGAACACCCCUCCUCCGCCCCGUCUCCAGCAGAUGGUACAUGCCCAGGCCCCACCGCCACUGCAGGCCAAACCAAGAGGCGGGGGUGCCAUGGCACCACCCCCUCUGCAGAUCAAGAUCGUCCCUCCCGCCUCAGAUUUGGACUCUCCCGUUAUCGACACGGCGGCAAGGGGGUUAGCCGCGUUGGGGGGGGCUACUCCGACCUCGGGGGAGGUGGUACAGUCCGCUGCCUUAGUAACGGCCUGUUCGACGGAAGCCGAGGACGGGACUGAAGGAGAGGAUGGGAUGCAGGUGGAGUUGAAUGUGUCUCCAGGGCCAGAUGUGACCCAGACCUGCAGCCCUAACCUGUGUGUCCGAGCCGGCUGCACCAACCCAGCUGUAGAGAACAAGGACUGGGACAGGGAAUACUGCAGCAACAAGUGUGUUGCCACACACUGCAGGGAUGUGUUCAUGGCCUGGUGUGCGAUCCGAGGGCAGGACUCCACUGUCACGUAAAGGAAUGGACAGAAGAGAGGAGUGAUAGAUGGACAAAGACUUCAAAGAGGAGUGAGAGGAGAGAAGAGUGAUAUAUGGACAUGAUAGGGAUUAGCCAGGACUAAAGAGAAAGGAGAGGGGAGUGAAGAAUGGAGAAGAGAAGAGAGGGACUUGGCUUUUUUCCACAACCAGACUUUGUCCUCAUAGAAUAAUCAAGCAGAAGACCAAUACUCCUGUGCUGAUACAUUAUGAAGUUUAAAUAAUAAGAUCAUUUUAUAUGAAAUGUUUUUAGGUAAUAUCUAAUAUAACACUACAGGCACCACUGGUAUGUCUCUUGCAUUUCAUAGCUCGUGCCAUAGAGUUGGACAAAGGGCACAUAUCUGCAAAUGGUGCUGUCCAUGCAAAAAUAGACUGUGUUAAUCUAUCCAACUCUACAGCUAAUGAUGGUUUUUCUCCUGACCGUGUUAUCAGUGUUGUCGUUACAAGUGAUUUCAAGGUAUGUACAGUGCAUUCGGAAAGUAUUUAGACCCCUUGACUUUUUCCUCAUUUCGCUACGUUACAGCCUUAUUCUAAAAUUGAUUAAAUGAAAAAAAAUCUUCAUCAAUUUACACACCCCAUAAUGACAAAGCAAAAACAGUUUUUAAAAAACAUUUUUGCUAAUGUAUAAAAAAUAAACAACAUAAAUACCUUA